GUACAGAACUGGUCUAGCUGGUUACUGAUUGUGAGAAACUUUCACUUCUCUCUUCUGUUGUCAGCGAUGGCGUCUGCUGAUCUGAGGAAGGAGCUGGAAUGUUCCGUCUGUCUUUCCACAUAUACAGAUCCUGUAACCCUGAAAUGUGGACAUAACUUUUGCCGGAGCUGUAUUCGUCGUGUGUUGGAUACACAGGAGGGAGGGUGUUCCUGUCCUGAAUGCAGAGAAAAGUUCCCGACGCGGCCUGUGCUGCACAGAAACAUAACGUUGUGUAACAUAGUGGAGAAUUUCCUGUCUGCUCAGCCAGAUCAAGAGUCGUCCGGAGUCUACUGUACUCACUGCAUUCACACUCCUGUACCGGCUGUGAAAUUCUGUCUGCAUUGUGAAGCGUCUCUAUGUGACAAUCACCUGAGAGUCCACAGCAAGUCACCAGAACACAUUUUAUGUGACCCCACCACUUCCUUGGAGAACAGGAAAUGCCCCAUUCAUAAGCAACUACUGAAAUAUUACUGCACCGAGGACGGCGUAUACAUCUGUGUGUCCUGCAGGCUGGAUGGAGCACACCAGGGACACAAGGUGGAGACAUUGUAUGAGGCCUCGGAGUCUGAGAUGAAAAAGAAACUGAAAAAUGUUCUGCAGAAACUGACGACAGAGAGCGAGGAGACAGAGAAAAGACUCCAGAGACUGCAGGAACACAGGAGGCAAGUGCAAAGUAAAGCAUAUGAUGAAACAGAGAGCAUCACUGCCUUGUUCACAGACCUCAGGAGACGUCUGGAUGACCUGGAAAAGAGCAUCCUGAGUGAGAUCUCCAGGCAGGUAGAGCGGGUCGCUCUAUCAUUGUCUGAUAUGAGCCAAAAGCUGGACAUAAAGAAGGAUGAGCUGUUCAGAAAGAUGGGUCGCAUUGAGGAGCUGUGUCACAUGACGGAUUUACUGACUGCCAUACAGGAAUCAGACACACGUGACUUGUGUGAUACUAAAAAUGGAGAUGAGGACCGAGAGAGUCGUGAUAAUGAACCCCUCUAUGAUGCAGGGGAUCUGGAUGUGGAGGGGAUCUUGCACACAUUACACACAGGAUUAUCUGAUAUCAUGUCUGAGGUAAAUGUACAGAAAUAUACAGGCACCCAUGUCUAUCCACAUUCUACUACUACAGUUGACGUCAAUGCUGAACCAUCCAGGAGACGUCCCCAACCCAUCCCCAGCAUAAAACGCUCACAUCGCCAGGCUGGACAGCAAGCAUCACGGAUGGCAGGACUUACAGACAUAUUACUGGAUGUGAACACAGCUGGUAAUGGUCUACAAAUAUCAGAAGACAGGAGAACUGCAACAAGGUCAUCAGAUCAGGAUGUUCCAGAUACGCCAAGUAGAUUCCAAUGUAAUCAGGUGUUAAGCAGUCAGGGUUUCUCCUCUGGGAGACUUUACUGGGAAGUGGAUGUCACGGGGUCAGCGUACUGGACAGUCGGGAUGUGUUACCCCACUAUGGAAAGGAAAGGAGGUAAUUUAUGGAUUGGAUCUAAUGACAAGUCCUGGGGUUUUGAGAGGAUAGGGAAUAAUCAGCACUCGGUGGUCCAUGACAAUAAUAGGAUCCGAUUACAAGGCAUUGUCUCCAGUAACAAAGUCAGGGUAGAUCUAGAUUAUGAGGCCGGUUGGAUUUCCUUUUAUGAUAUGUGUGUCCCGAUCCGACACCUCCACACCUUCACCACCACCUUCACUGAGCCCCUCCAUGCUGGGUUAUGGUUAGGGGGAGGUAGUCUAAAGGUAUGUGGGGGGAAUCAUUUGUGAGAAAUCUGCCCAGGUGACAUCACAAGACAGAGAAUCUGAUUGGUGCAUUUUUCAGCCUAUAGGAGGAAGCAGUGAACAGAAAAAAAAAAAGCCUGCAUGCUUUGGGGCCACAUCUUCAUCCUAAACCUGACUUCACUACCCAGUGUGUCACCAGAAACAUGCUUGUUUCUUUAACUGGCACACUAUGUAGUGUAGCCAGAAGUGGGAUGACAGUCCUGAAGCCUACUCAAUUUUUAUCUGUAGUAUUCUUCUUUCCUCACAGUUUUGAGUGGAAAGGGAUUAGAACCCCUGUCAAAUUUUAUUGUUAUCUCGGGCUUCAUAAGAGAGAUCUCUCAUUUCUUGCUUACAAUUUACUAGACAGGAAGUGAGGGGAACUCUCCAACAAGACUAACAGAAACAAGCUUAUUUUCCUUUAGUCGAGAAGGAUAAGAACCUCUGCCUGAUUUUUAUUUAUCCUUUGUACCUUUUUAGAAUUUUCCUUAAUUUCCUGUCUAGUAAAACACUGUCAUUAGAACAGUAAGUGAGGGGAUAUCUUUAUAAUGGAGCCACAGAUUGCAGUAAAAACCUGACAGGGGUUCUAACCCCCCCCCC